CGUGACGAAGCACGAAGCCUGCUUUCUGAUUUGCUUAUUGUGCACGCACAGGGUCGCGUGCGCUUGUUUUUCGGACGGUUUAAAGCUCGCGUGAGGCAGCGCGAGACGGGGGUUGACGUGUGUAAUCGGUCCGAGCUCGCGCCUCCACCAUUGCGCACCACCACAUCAUCAUCAUCAUGGCGAGCGGUUCAGCGAGCGCGCGGUCUCCUCAGGUCCAAGACGAAAAUCCCUCAUGUAAUGAUGUGGCUAGCUUUAAGGCAGCAGACACAGUGGUCCAGCAGUGCGAGAGCCGUAAACCUAAACCCGAGUCAGAGAACUUGUCCUUCGGUACCGUGUUCACAGACCACAUGCUGCUCAUCGAGUGGAGCAGUGAAGGGGGCUGGGAAAAACCUCGGAUUCAGCCAUUUGGAAACCUGAGCCUUCAUCCCGCCUGUUCUGCUCUGCAUUACGCCGUGCAGCUGUUCGAGGGCAUGAAGGCGUACCGCGGACAGGAUGACCGAGUUCGUCUCUUCAGGCCCAUGCUGAACAUGGAGCGCAUGUUAAAGUCUGCACACAGAGCCUGUCUACCCAGUUUCGACGGCGCUGAGUUUCUGGAGUGUAUCAGGAAGCUGGUGGAAUUGGAUCAGGACUGGGUUUCUCGUUCGGACUCGGCGAGCCUCUAUAUCCGCCCGACGUUCCUGGGCACCGAGUCUUCAUUAGGUGUGAAGAAGGCCUCGCGUGCCUUACUGUUUGUGAUCCUCAGUCCAGUUGGCUCCUACUUCAGUACAGCAAGCAACUCUGUGUCCCUGUGGGCCGACUCCAAGUACAUCAGAGCCUGGAAAGGAGGGACGGGAGACUGCAAACUGGGAGCGAACUACGGGGCGUGUAUCUUGGCUCAGGACGAGGCGGUGGGAUUCGGAUGUCAGCAGGUUCUGUGGCUGUACGGAGACGAUCACCAGAUCACGGAGGUCGGCACCAUGAACCUCUUCCUCUACUGGAUCAACCAGGAUGGAGAGGAAGAGCUGGCCACGCCUCCUCUGGACGGGAUCAUUCUACCCGGCAUCACACGCCAAAGCAUCCUGGAGCUCGCACGCAAAUGGGGGGAGUUUAAAGUGUCAGAGCGUUACCUGACCAUGGCGGAUCUGCGUGUGGCUCUGGAGGAGGAGCGGCUGAAGGAGAUGUUCGGCUCGGGGACGGCGUGCGUGGUCAGUCGUGUGGGAAGAGUGCUGUAUCAGGGGCAGAGUCUGCAGAUCCCCUGUGUGGCGGAGAGCAACUCACUCACCUCUCGACUGCUGAAGGAGCUGACGGACAUCCAGUACGGACGGACUGAGAGUGACUGGACCGUCCUCGUGUAGACGAGUAUCACCUCUAGAGAGCAGCACACACACACACAUACAACGUGUGUGAAUGCACAAACACUUAAACGCACACGUAUCUUAGUUUUAGGGAGAAUCUCAGUAGAUUUUUAGUAUUGCGCAAUAAUUGUACUAUACGUGUAAUGUCCUGUUUCCUGUCCUGUAUUCCCAGUACUGUAGACCUACAUGUACGCAUACACGGAUGAAGACCUCCAUUAACAUGCAAACACACACACACACACACACACACACACACCAGCUUGUCAGGGAUUAUCUUUAGCUUGGAUAUGGUAGAGCAGUAUCGCGAAGCGUCACGUCAAGACCUCGUUCAGUUCCGUUUUAAAAAGCGUUUCAGUUCACACCGGCCACGAGGUGUCCGUACUGCCCUGGUUUUAUUCUACACGUCGAGAAAAAAGAAAAAAAGCACGAAUCCCAUAGAGACCUAUUGAAAUCGCAGAAGCACACUUUCUAUCCACAACGCACUUUAUUUAAAAUAUCCUAAUCUACAAAGACAAUGCAACUCGUAGCUGCAUAGAAACCUGCUUGGAUCGGAUGCUCCGGCUCUGAAAUCUGAUCGGAUCGGAUGAGCCGUGUUUAAGACCAUUGUAAAAUAAUAAUAAUAAUAAUAAUAAUAAUAAUAAUAAUAAUAAUAAUAAUAAUAAUAAAUCCCUGAUAUGCUGUAUGCACACCUUUUAUUAAUUGAAUUAUGUAUCGUGCGCCAUUUAUUAAUUAAACCGAUUAAUUCAGCGAUCGUCCUUCGUUGUUAAAAUCGUAAAUCGCGAAAAUUAUUAAUAACACAUUAACAGGGAUUUAUUUAUCGAUCCCUGGAUAGUACACCAACAAACAAAAUAAAAGUUUUUUAUGGGAACGGUUUUGUAAUGACAGCUGGCGGAUUGCUACGGACAAAUCAUGCUCAAGUAUGAAAGCGUCUUUUAUUUUUAUUCGUUUUUUUUUUUUUUUUUGGCGCUUCUGUUGUAUUAGCAGGGUCUCGAGGGGGGCGUGGCCGAGAGGGGGGUGUGAUUGUAAACUGGGGAUUUAUAAAAAAAAAAAAAAAAAACGGCGUAACUGCCCGUUGGAGUUCGAACGGAAGCAGGUGUGGAUCGAGUCGAGGUCUCGGACGUGUCGGUUACGUGAUGCAGCCGGUAAAAAAAAAAAUUAGCGUUUACGGUCGUGUGCAAAAGUUUGUACACCCCUAGGAGAAAAGAACAAAUAUUCCUUCAUUGUCACGAGCAACAACAAAAAAAAAAUAAUAAUAAAAAAAGUUAUUAAUAAUGAAGAAAUAGCGAUGUCUUCCAGUGCCGAAUAAGAGUUGAGUGCAAAAGUUUGCACACCCUUAAGACACAUAAACAAAUGUUACUUCAUAAGCACAUUUUUAAUGAUAUUAAUAGGAACGAAAAUGAAUUAAAUGCGAUACAAUUAUACCAGCUUCUUGAUGAUCAUGGGUAAUAGACGGUCGUACAUUCAAGUGCGAAAUGAUAGUUUGCACACCCUUAGGACAAAAGACAGGAUAUUCCGUCAUAGGCACAAGUACGAAAACGGUCAGAUGUCGUGUUAUAUACCGUGCCAGAUGUGGUGGGGAAAAAAAUUGUCUGCACCUGCCAUUUUAAAUGUGAUACACAUAUAGCAGAUUUGUGUUAUAAAUUUGUGUUCUAGCAGAUUAUUUGUAGCAAAAGUAAAUAAUAUCCAGUGUAAAAGUUUGUGCGCCCUCGGGGGGAAAAAAGGAAUAAUAUGUUCCUUCAUUUUCACAAGCAACAACAAAAAAAAAAUACUCAAACGAUAUAUAAGUGAAGAAGUAAAAAAAAAAAAAGGAAGUACCGUCUAAAAUACGGAUUAGAAAAGCGUUUUCUCCGGAUGCCCUUUCGCACGGAACGACGUGCAGUUCUGCGUUCACGUGGAUAAAACUAGACCUCUGGCUGUCACGUUUCCCAUUCUCAGACCACGCGGGGGCGCAAACUUUCGCACUCAUCCCCUUCGCGGUUGAAUACGAUGCAAUAAUUAUGACGCUCUUUAACGCUCGAGUUCUUUUUACGACGGCGAUGACGGUUUUAUUUGGGGGGGGGGGCGUACGUUUUUGUGGUUUUUUUUUAAGGGGACGCGACGUGUACUUACGGAGGCCGGAGGAAAUAAUAAAGCACAGACACACACCGGGGGGUUGAGUGCGAGAUCAUCAAACAUACCCGCCGUUAUUAUUUUCUAACGCCAAAAGGUCCAAAGGGAAACACGUAAAACGUAUUGUAGUAUCAAAUGCCGUGAUCGUGAAUCCUCUUCGGCUUGUUUGGCCUCGAAUAAAUGUAGUGAUUGGAGAAUAUCGAAUAAAUCACAGUGCCGGUGUUACUGUAGAUACGUUAUAUAUUGUUCAUCACUGUUGAAUUAUAAAACAUGGAAGUAGGAGGUUUAAUAAAUGUCCUAAGCAACA